AAAAUAUCUUGUUACCAUUUCUAUCAUCUCACCGUGAAACACACUCUUAGUGCCUUCUUAUCUCUUUCUAUAACUGUUGUACUUGGUCUCUUUAGUUGACUGACCAAUUUCCUCACCAAAAUCCCACACCUAUUUGCUAUCCGCGCAAUUAAUUCCAUUCCUCUGAUGUCCGAUUUUCUUCAGCCAGCCUUUUCAGUUGUUCAAUUUCUUGCUUUGAAUCAACCUACGUCUUUAACAUGGUCUUCAUCCAUUUCCUCCACAGCACCCAUAACCUGUUCGACGAAAUUCCCAAACGAAAACCACUUCAAUUCUUCAAAGCCACCUCCUUCUUUUCGCGUUCAAUCGUUGAAGCGGGUUUCGAAGCCAUCAUCUGAAGGACUUCAGAAGGACACUAAGAAGGACUUGUCACGAAUUCUCCGAACUGAAGCUGCUAUUAGAGGUGUAGAGAAUAAAGCUAAGUCGUGGAAGCAUAAACAGCUUUGGCCUAAGGCAGUUCUUGAAGCAUUGGAUGAAGCCAUCAAAGGGUGUCAGUGGAAAACUGCUCUCAAGAUUUUUGCACUUCUUCGCAAGCAACAUUGGUAUGAGCCAAGAUGCCAAACAUAUACUAAGCUGUUGAUGAUGCUUAGCAAAUGCAAGCAGCCUAAAGAGGCUAGUCAGCUCUUUGAGAUCAUGCAGUUUGAAGGGCUUAAACCUACUGUUGAUGUCUUCACUGCUCUUGUAAGCGCUUACGGCCAAAGCGGUCUCCUUCGUCAGGCAUUUUCUACGAUUGAAGAAAUGAAAUCAGUCGUUGAUUGCAGACCAGAUGUUUAUACAUAUUCUGUUCUUAUAAGUUGCUGUGCGAAAUUUCGUCGAUUCGAUUUAAUAGAAAGCGUUCUUGCGGAUAUGUCAUAUCUAGGCAUUGAAUGUAACAGUGUGACAUAUAAUUCGAUAAUCGACGGAUAUGGUAAGGCUGGCAUGUUUCAGCAGAUGGAGAAUUCAUUGACAGAUAUGAUUGAAAACGGAAACUGUCAACCGGACGUUUUCACGCUGAAUUCUUUGAUAGGAUCGUACGGAAAUUGUGGAAAAAUUGAUAAGAUGGAGAAGUGGUACGAUGAGUUUCAGCUAAUGAAUAUAAAGCCAGAUAUAAAGACAUUCAACAUGAUGAUAAAGUCCUACGGAAAAGCAGGCAUGUAUGAUAAGAUGAAAACUGUGAUGGAUUUCAUGGAGAGGAGGUUUUUCACUCCGACAAUUGUAACGUAUAAUACUGUUAUCGAGGUUUAUGGAAAAGCUGGAAAAAUUGAGAAGAUGGAUGAACACUUUAAAAAAAUGAAGCAUAUAGGAAUGAAACCGAAUUCUGUAACUUAUUGUUCGCUUGUUAAUGCGUAUAGCAAAGCAGGGCUUGUUGACAAAGUUGACUCAAUGUUGAGGCAUGUAGAAAAUUCUGAUGUAGUUUUGGAUACUCCCUUCUUUAAUUGCAUAAUUAGUGCUUACAGUCAGGCUGGUGACUUAAAAAAGAUGGGAGAGUUAUUCUUGGCAAUGAAAGAAAGAAACUGUGAGCCUGACAGCACCACCUUUUCUUGCAUGAUCCAGGCUUACAAUUCCCAAGGCAUGACUGAGGCUGCUAAAAAGAUGGAGUACAUGAUGAUUACUGCCAAAGAUAGCUUAGAUACCAAGUUGAUUGGAUGCUAGCAUGACCAAUUUUCAUUGCAGACUACACAAUUAUAUUCAUCAAUUUCCACGGUGAUCCUGUGUCGGAAAGAUUUGUGAACUUUAGCAGGUAAACAUAGAUUCUUCUUCACUACAUGGAUAUUAUGGGGGAAAAUCAUUCUUUAGCUGUCAAUUUGGCAGUUGUUCACUAUAGGUUAUUAUUUUUAUUUAUAGUAGACAGAUAAAAAAGAAGAUAUAAAAUUAUUAACUUGUAAGUGUGUAGUUAUUAGGACUUAGAUUAGGAGAAUUAGUUACUAGAAGUUGGUUAUAAGGUAGUUAGGAUUAUUGUGUAUAAAUAGGGAGCUAUGUAGUUAGUUUGGGAUAUCUUUUAAUAUUGUAAUCAAUUGUUGAAUAGAGUAUAGUCUCUGUUGUGAAGGGGAAACCCUUGGAGGAGAGUAUUCUUUCCGAUUGUUUCUUAUUAUCUUUCCUAUGGUCCAAGACAUGAAGGUCAAAGGAUUAGACCAGCUGCAAUGAUGCCACCUCUCUUUCCAGUUGAAAAGGAGAUGAUUCUGUCUUUUUGUUUGUAAACUAAGGUAGACUAAUCUCUCAAGUUAGCUGAGAUCUAUAUAAGAGGUUAACCUCUCUCAAUAUAAAUUCUGUCUAUUUUAAAAGACAAGAAAAUUCUUAAUGUCAGACAUUUACUCUAAAUUUUCUCAUUUAUGUUUAUCUCUCAUUUUAGUUGUA